UUGAGACAUCAAUUCCUAUUGCCACAUUGCUAGACAGGACACUGGGGAAAAAAUAAAUAAAUAAAUAAGUUAUGAGACUGAUAGUGGUCCGUCCCCGCCCCUUUCCGCUGGCUGCAGCGAGCUGGUUUCCAACAACAACUUUCCAAAGUUUAUUAAGACAUCAGAUUGUGGAUGAUGAAAGCCAGAGUCAUUUUACCAGACGGAGGUUGCAGGGGUACAGGAACUGGCAGACGAGAACAGACCGGAGCAGACAGGAACAGGACCAGGGGACAAUUCUGCAACAGCUAGCAACCCUGUGGCAGCUAGCAACGUUGGAGAGGAGUUUCGCCUAAGCCCGCCAGAAAUGUUUGCAGAGAUGUCCAGAACUGGCCUAAAUGGAUCCGACAGUUCGAGAGGUACAGGAUCGUAUCGGGGCUGGACAAAAGGGAAGAGGCUUUUCAAGUGAUAUGUUGAUAUAUUCAAUGGGCGAUGAAUCCGAGGAUAUCCUUAAUGCGUCAGCGCUAACGUCUGCAGAAAAGUUCAACUACAAAAAAGUAAAACAGUGCUUUGAUGAAAAUUUUAUUGGAGAACACAUCAUUUUUGAAAGGGCGAAGUUUAACAUGCGUAAACAAGAACUGGGCGAAACGGCCGAGAGCUUUAUCACCGCGGUUCACAAACAGGCGGAUUAUUGCAAAUUCGGGGCUCUCAGAGAUGAACUGAUCCGCGAUCGCAUUGUUGUUGGCAUACGAGAUGCCACGCUCUCCGAGAAGUUGCAGAUGGAUGCACAGCUGACCCUGACUACAGCCGUAACACGAGUCAGACAGAGUGAAACUGUGAAACAACAACAGGGUUUGCUGCGCAGUGCGAGUGGCCCUGUACCCAUUAAGGAGCCCAGUGAAGAGAUACAUGCGCUUUCACUUGCACGCAAGACAGAGGGCAGUGCACGACAGAGACCAAAACCGAACAGGUAUGUAACAUCGUCUGCCUGUUAUAAAUGUGGGAGGGCUCCAUCACACAAUUGGAAAGACUGUCCUGCCAAAGAGUCUGAAUGCAGGAAAUGUCACAAACGAGGACACUUUGCUGCUGUCUCCAAGUCUCAGCAGCCGGUACACGAGAUGACAGACGAAGAGGGACUCUAUCAAGACAGUCUGUUCUUAGGUGAGGUGAAGUCAGACAGAAAUGGCUGGUACUCAGACAUCAAACUAAAUGGGGCAGUAGUUUCCUUUAAACUAGAUACAGGGGCAGCAGUGACCGCCAUUCCUAUGAGUCUGUAUAGCUACAGAAGAGACGGCCCUCUAUUGCACACCCACAAAAAGUUGUAUGGCCCAAAUAAUACCAGACUAUCAGUAGUAGGUCAGCUUCAAUGCAGCCUUGAAAGCAAGGACAGAAAGUCCACUCAGUCUGUAUUUGUCAUUGAUAGCUUGGCUAGGCCACUGCUGGGUUUACCAGCACUUACAGAACUACAUCUUGUGGAACAAAUGAAAAAACUUGAUACACUGGAGGAGAAGGGGGACCCAGAAAAAAAAUUCAAAAGGAGAUUCCCAAAGGUGUUUACAGGAUUAGGGAGACUGGAAGGUGAAUAUCGUAUCCGGCUGAGAGACGAUGCUGUCCCCUAUGCCCUUACAACUCCUCGGCGUGUGCCAACACCCUUAACUGAAAAAGUCAAGGAGGAACUAAAAAGAAUGGAGGAAAUGGGAUAGAUCAUCUCCAGGAUAGAGAAACCUACCGAGUGGUGUGCGGGGAUAGUGGUGGUCCCAAAACCAAAUGGCCAAAACCCAAAAUUAGACUUUGUGUCUACCUCACCAAGCUUAAUGAAAGUGUGUGCAGAGAAAGACAUAUCUUACCCUCCGUAGAACAGUCAUUAGCACAGCUGAAUGGUGCAAAAUAUUUAACAAAAUUGGACGCACGGAGUGGCUUUUGGCAGAUUCCAUUAGCACAAGAAAGUAGGGAACCAAAAACAUUCAUUACUCCCUUUGGCCGUUUCUGCUUCAAUGUGCUACCCUUUGGGAUAAAUUCGGGCCCAGAACAUUUUCAAAGACACAUGUCCCAGCUCUUAACCGGCCUUAAAGGUGUUAUAUGCCAUGCAGAUGAUGUCCUUGUGUCGGGAAAGAAUGAAACAGAGCAUGAUGAGCGGCUCACAGCUGUCCUGACGCGACUCCAAGAGGCAGGACUAACACUAAAUGAGAAAUGCACCUUUGCACAGUCGGAGGUUCUGUUUGUAGGACAUAAAGUUAGUGCAGCAGGCAUUGAAUCAGACCCUGAGAAGAUCAGAGCGAUUACAGACAUGCCUGUCCCCCAGAACGCAGCAGACGUUAGCCGCUUUUUGGGGAUGGCAACAUAUGUUGCAAAAUUCCUCCCUCACUUUGCAGAUUCUACCAAGCCCCUCAGAGAUCUGCUGGUAAAAGACAAUGAUUGUACCUGGAGUCAUAUGCAGCAGACAGCCUUUGACAAGCUCAAGAUUGAGCUUGCCUCACCAGCAGUCUUGGCUCAAUACAGACCACAAGCCAAGACAAAGGUGUCAGCGGACGCCUCGUCUUUUGGCCUUGGGGCAGUCUUAAUGCAGAGAGAGGAAAAUAUGCAGUGGCGUCUAGUUGCCUACAUUUCCCAAAGCCUCUCUGAAACAGAGCAACGGUAUGCCCAGGUUGAAAAAGAAGCACUAGCCGUCACCUGGGCCUGUGAGAGGCUGAGUUCAUACCUCAUCGGAGUACAGUUCACAAUAGACCAUAAACCCCUCCUCGCGCUCUUAGGGACAAAAGCACCGGAUGACUUACCUCCCAGGAUUCAGAGAUUCCGGCUGCGACUGCUUAGGUUUAUGCACGACAUGUAGAUAUUAGUACAUGUACCUGGAAAGGCCCUCAUCACUGCAGAUACACUGUCCAGGGCCCCGAUAAAGCGUCCACUGACAGCAGAAGAAACACAGAUGGAAGGGGAAGUACAGAUUUUCAUUAACACCGUACGUGAUAACUUACCUGCAUCUAAAUCCAAACUCCAGCAGAUAGCUGACCAUCAGCGGCAGGAUGCCAUCUGCAGUCAGCUGAUCCGCCAGUGCCAAAGAGGCUACCCACGACAAGAGGAGCUGUCCCAGCAGCUGAAGCCUUAUUGGAUUCACCAGGGGACGUCUGCAGACAGGAUUUACCAAAACAUACAAAUGUUAUCGAGGGAAAUGACAUCAGCACCUAUGAGACAGACGAAGGAGGUUCCAUUGACCCGAAUGUGAAUAGAGGAUGGAUGAGAUAUAUGACUUCUUAAGAUCACGGGAUGUUUCAGAGGAAGUCAUACAACAACUGGAAAAGGAUAAGAUCGAUUCCAGUGUCAUACCGCUCAUGACAGAUGAGCAGCUGAAGGUGUAUCUCCCAUCUUACGGUGAUCGACUGGCCCUUCUUGGAUAUUGCAGACGGAGGGAAAAUGAUCCUGCUGGCCGGAAAUCAAAACUUCUUGACAGACUGAGAGCAAAGAUUUCAAGAAACAAAAGCAAGGAUCAUAGGGAGGUUUCAGAAAAUGAAACCGUCAAAAAUGCUCAAAAAAAUGUACGGAAAGUUGAAUUAGGAUGGCUGAAUUUUCGAGAUGGAAAGUAUUCUCAAGUUAGGACAAAGAAAGGUGGUGGAACAAGAAAAGUUGCUGUGUCAAAGGACUGUAGAAAAAAUGAGUUAGUUGAAAAGGCAGUUGGUUUGUUUUUUCCUGCUCAAAGAAAUACACAGGGAAGAAUCACGGAUUUUGAGGUUGAUAUAACAGAUUUUCAAGAACAUUCACUUGAUGAGCAUAUCACUGUUGGAGAACUUUAUGAGCAGACAAAACUACCCCUUCUGCGUUUUUACCUAACAACCAAAAGAAAGGACAGUGCCAGUGACUCAGAAACAGAAAGUGCCAGUGCAAAUGCCCAACAGGAUGUCAUAUAUGUUGGAAACAGCAGUGUACUGACAAACAGCAGCAGUGAUGAUAUUCACCUAGUUUACUCAACAGUUGACAUGGGGGAUUUAUCCAGUGUCCACGAGAUAGAUGCAGCAAUGAAUGUGGACAUUUUGGAAGAUAGUGGCACGGUUACUUUUUUCACAGGACUUAUUUCUAAUACAGAAAGUGCUAGUCUUGAUGACACCCUUCUGCUGUCUCCACAGUCAUCUAGCCCAGUGGUUUCUUCUUCUCAUCUUGAUUCUUUUCAGGAGCCCAUAGUUCAGAGAGAAAAAGUAAAAAAAAUCCUUGUUCUUCACCGUUGCCAAAUCCUUAAAGAACUGAUUUCACAUUUUUGUGAUGUAAGCGUUACUCAGGAGGACAUAUCUAUUCAAGUGGUGCUCCCGGAUGGAAAGCAAGAAAAGGCUAUUGAUGAUGGAGGAGUUUUGAGGGAUGUGCUCUCUGAGUUUUGGCAAGACUUUUAUGAACAGUGUACACUGGGCAAUAACUUUAAGGUGCCCUUCUUGCGUCACGAUUUUGGACAGCAACAAUGGGAAAGCAUUGGCCGAAUCAUUGCCUUUGGCUGGCAAAAACAGAAGUACCUGCCUAUAAAACUUGCCCCAGUAAUACUGGAACAAGCAGCUCUUGGCUGUAUAAAGAGUCCUCUUGUUGACAGCUUCCUCAGGUAUGUUACAGAGUCAGAUCGGAUCGUGUUUGAAUCUUGUCGAUCAGAUUUUGAGAGUGUGGACAGUGAAGAGCUGCUGGAAAUCAUGGAUCUCCAUAACUGUCGAAGAGUACCAACAGCUGAUAACUUUGAACUACUACUUGAGGAGCUUGCCCACCAAAAGCUGAUUCAGGAACCUGCUUUUGUUAUUGAGCAGUGGAGCACUGUGCUUUCCCCACUGAGGUCUGAGCUGGAAUGUAUUACAGCUGCCUAUGAAAAUCUCCAGCCAACAUUCAGAAAGGUAAUGCGUUCACUAGUAUACCCUACAAUCAUGACUGAACAACAGAAAAAUAUCACCAAAUAUUUAAGCUCUUAUCUCAGGGAAUCAGACAAACAGCACUUGUCACUUUUUCUUCGGUUUUGCACGGGAUCUGAUUUGUUUCUCGGAAGGAACAUCAGCAUUAGCUUCACUCAACUUCAAGGUGUUCAGAGACGCCCAGUUGCCCAUACAUGCGGAUGCUACCUGGAGUUGCCAGUUAAUUAUGAAAACUACCCAGAUUUUCGACACGAAAUAAACAAAGUCCUAGAAAGCAGUGUAUGGGUGAUGGACAUAGUGUAACAAAUUUCAACUGAGGAACAUGCAAGUUUAGCAUUUUGUUUUAAAAAUAUUCUUUUCAUUUAUACCCUCACACUUUUGUACUUUUGCACUGUUUUGUGCCCUGAGAUUAUAUAAAGACUGGCAAAGCCUUAGUAGUAAUAGUAGUAAGCAUUCACAUACUGGUGUUUAGGUUUUUUUUCUGUUAAAGUACUCAAAGUUAGAAAAAAAAGUUUAAAACAGAAAUUUGAGUUUUCUAUUGCUGUUAUGAUUUUUUUUUAAUAAUUAUAAUUGAGACUACAAAGAUUUGAGUUAACUGAGUCAAAAAUGCAAUAAGGCACCCAUGCUUAUAAAUCUAGCAUUAGGUUUGAUAAAAUACUGCUUAUUUGCAUUCCUGAAGUUUUGUGUCCUAUUUUAGUGACAUGGUUUAUGUGCUGGUACACACUUUAAGUAUUCUGGAGGUGAAUGUGUUGUUUUUCAAUGUAAAAAAGAAAUGCUAUGAAAAAUCUUGCUGGCUGAUAUUUCAAAUUGGUUAGUCUGGUGGCCACUAUAGUUAACGCAUCUUGCUAGUUCUGAUUAACAAGAGUAAGAUGGUUGAGUUGAUGUGACAUGAGUUUGAGUUCUGAAGCAAAUGGAACAAAGUACUCAUAGUAUUGAUAGAAACUUGUUUUUGUUAUUGUAAAUAUAUGAUUAUAUUCUCAAUAACAGAUUGUUUCCAAUGUAACAGUUUGAUCUAAAACUUAAAUAGAAAACAACUGAGAAAUCACACUAAUUUCAGUUAGUCUCCUAUUGUUUUACAGCAGCUUACUUUGCAUAACUAUGCCCUGAAGCAUUAUUUUGUCAUUAUUUGAAACUGCUUUUAAAAUGACCCAAAGUCUUGUCUAAUUGCAGUGGAAAGAAGUUUUAAUAUUUUAUUUUAAAACACAUAAUAAAGCACUUUUCAUAAGAAUUA